UAUCUAAGACCCAUUCGGUAAAACUACGUUCGUUCUUCUGCCCUCGCCGCAUCAGCUCGCGUUCUCCACCAUCUGCAGCCCCUGAACAGCAGCACCACCGCGGGAUCUGUAGCCUCCUGCCAGUACUGCGCCGCCGCAUCAGCUUGGUCCUCUUCCAGUGCCGCACCGCCUUUUGAAGCCACACAGCCAUUUGAAGCCGCAUAUGCAGCCUCCCGUAGCAGCCGCACCACCCGUUUGAGAAAGAUUUGAGAAGGAAUGGAAUUUUGCCCAACAUGUGGAUUAUUGUUGCGAUACGAGUUGCCACACAUGGGGCAACCUUCCAGAUUCUAUUGCCCCGCAUGUCCCUAUGUCUGUUCCAUGGAGAGCAGGGUUAAGAUCAAGAGAAAGCAACAGCUGGUCAAGAAAGAAAUUGAACCAGUUUUUACCCUCGACGACAUGAUGAAGGGGGGUUCUGAAACUGAAGCAACAUGCCCACAUUGCAACUUUGGAAGGGCCAAGUACCAACAGCUACAGAUCCGGUCAGCUGAUGAGCCGGCAACAACAUUUUAUUUUUGCUUGAACGAGAAGUGCUCAAGGAUGUGGCGUGAAGACUAGAUACUUUUUAUGUAUGUUUUAGUGCAAACUUUUUUAAGUUUUGCAAGGCGAUUCUUGCAUCUUCCAUGUUUGGAUGUCUCCAAGUAUUUGUGUGCGUGCUUCAGUUGUUUCAAUCUCCACCUUUAGCUCAACAUUAGAUCUUUGCCAACCGGGUACAGAAAUGAUGAGCGUCUUGUCAAGCUCAUAUCAUUUCUUGCUCCACUUAGAUUUGGAAAUGGCAGCUCAGAAUCCUUUGCAUUCAUUCAUCGGAGUGCAUUCUCUAAUACUACUAUAAUUUCUUUCCAA